CGUGUACCGUUUGGGUAGAGAGAAAAAAAAAAAGGAGGAGGAAAGAAAAGAAAAGGAUAGAAAGGAAUUCGGAAUUGCAAUGGCAAGUCUUUAAGAAGAGGAGAAAGGGAAUUGCGACUUGCGAAUUGCAGAGGAAAUCCGUUGGGGGGGGGAGAAAGUCAAAAGCAAGGGAUAAGACCAAACGGAUCGCCGACAAAGGGGAAAAGCGAGAAUAAAGGGAAUCAAGAGGGGCAAAAUGGUCCUUGGUAGGGUGGCGUGCAUUAACGGCAUAAAGCUUCCUUCAAAAGGCCUCCUCCUCUCAGUCCUCUAUGUAAAUCUGCACAGUCCCCUACUGUGUCUGUGUUGCGCUUCUACUCUCUCUCUCUCUGUCUGUAUAUAUAUAUAUAUAUAUGCUUUCUCUCACUCUAAAAGGAGACAACUUGAGCAGAGAGGGAGGGACAGUCAGGGAUUAUCAUUCACCAGGGUACGUGUAUCUUCAGAGGAAAGAGAAAGGAACGAAGAGAGAAGAGAGGGAAAAAGGGUCUCGAGAUUUGCACCUCUCACGAGAAAGAGAGAGAGAGAGAUCUUGGGGGAUCAGAGAUUGUUUUAAGCAAAGGCGGCGACGAAAUUAAGGGUCUUAGGGUGUUGUUAGCUAUGGCAUCAUCAAUGUCAUCAUAAAUGUGGGAUUGAAUUCCCACCGCUCUGUUUAGCCCCAUGUGUUAGAUGCCCUCUCCUUCUUCUUCUUCUUCUUCUUCUUCUCUGUUUCUUUCUUUCUUCGUUGCAUUGUGGGCUGCAGCUUUUCUCUUCUUUCUAGUGGGGUUUCCGCGUUUGUUUUUGGGAGGAACAUGAAGUUUAUGAAAUUGGGGUCCAAGCCUGAUGCCUUCGUAGCCGAUGGCAAUUCUAUAAUAAGGUAUGUGUCAUCUGAACUGGCAACAGAUGUUAUCAUACAUGUAGGUGCAGUAGAGUUUUGCCUUCACAAGUUCCCUCUCUUAUCCAAAAGCAACCGCUUACAGAAACUUGUACAGAAAGCUAAUGAGGAAAGCUCUGAUGAAAUCCAUUUGGCUGACUUUCCUGGUGGGCCAAAAGCCUUUGAAAUUUGCGCCAAAUUCUGCUAUGGAGUGACCGUCACUCUCAAUGCGUAUAAUGUUGUGGCUGCCCGUUGUGCAGCUGAAUACCUUGAGAUGACUGAGGAUGUUGAGCGGGGAAACCUGGUUUUCAAAAUUGAGGUAUUUCUUAGUUCUAGUGUUUUCCGCAGCUGGAAAGACUCAAUUAUUGUUCUUCAAACUACCAAGUCUCUUCUGCCAUGGUCUGAAGAUCUGAAGAUAGUUGGGAGAUGUAUGGAUUCCAUUGCAUCUAAAACUUCUGUGGAUCCAUCGAAAAUCAAUUGGUCUUACACUUAUAAUCGGAAGUUACUGAUCUUGGAGAAAAAUGUUGACCAUGUGGUGAAAUUCCAGGAAAAAGUUGACUCUGUUCCAAAGGAUUGGUGGGUCGAAGAUAUAUGUGAAUUGGAUAUUGACCUCUACAAGCGCGUUAUGGUUGCCAUAAGAUCAAAGGGAAGAAUGGAUGGGAACGUGACGGUGGAAGCGGUAAAGACGUAUGCAAUGAGAUGGUUGCCAGACUCUGUCGAUGCUCGACCUUUUGAAGGUGGUCAUAACAGGAGGAACAGAUAUUUGGUCGAGACAUUAAUUUACUUGUUGCCAUCUGACAUAGGACUGCAUUGUUCCUGUAGUUUCUUGCUCAAAUUAUUGAAGUUUUCCAUUCUGGUGGGAGCAGAUGAUACACUGACGGAAGAUUUGAUAAAGAGGAUAAGCUUGAAGUUGGAUGAGGCCUCCAUAAACGAUCUAUUAAUCCCGGCAAGGCCCCCGCAAACUACUAAAUACGAUGUUGAGCUUGUGCAGUCUCUUAUAAGCCAAUUUGUGCUCCGUGAGAAACGUCUCUGGGAUUUGGAUAUUUCUGAGAGGACUAACGAGUUCACCGAUGAUUUAAUCUUAGGACACGGGGCCUUGCUAAACAUUGGUAAACUCGUCGAUGGGUAUCUUGACAAAAUUGCUUCCGAUCCAAAUCUCACUCUCUCCACUUUCAUUCUCUUGUCACUGUCCAUUCCGGAUUCAGCUAGACCAGUUCAUGAUGGAUUGUACAAGGCUAUCGACACCUAUCUGAAGGAGCAUCCAAACUUGUCAAAAGCCGAAAGAAAGAAGAUUUGCGGGCUGAUGGACGUCAAGAAGUUGACGAUGGAUGCAUCGAUGCACGCAACGCAGAACGAGCUCCUUCCACUCCGGGUUGUAGUCCAAGUCCUCUUCUUCGAGCAGGUUAGAGCAGGAGCCGGGGCUCAAGCCGUCCACCACCCCCGCGACCAAUCACAUUCGGUGACGACAACCGAGGAAGACUGGGAGAAAACGGUUCAAGAAGAGGGCAAAUCCCUUCAGGAACAGAUGAGUGAAAUGCAGAUAACGAAGAAGACCAAAACUGGCAAGUUGGUGAAGAAAGGCAGCACAAACAGAAGAAGUGGCAUUCAGUUGCUGCCAUCUAAGUCGAGGAGGAUCUUCAGCAAGCUAUGGAUGGCGGGCGGCAAAGGGCGCGAGCGCAGGGAGAACAGGAGCUCGGAGACGUCUGGCAGUUCGCAGAGCCCGACAUCGAUGGUUCCUGUGGAGACCAAGUCGUCUGGUUCGUCGUCAAGGGGGAGGCGGCAUUCGAUCUCAUGAACUGCUGGUAAUGUUAAGUAUUAGCUUGGUUCAAGACAGGGGACAGGAGGAGGAGGAGGAGUAGAUUCAGAGCCUCUGAAAAUGUAAAAAGUUGCAGUUAGUAAAAGUGGUCGAGGUUUUUGUAAUCAGUUUUAUGGGUGUCUUUUUUUUUUUUUUUUUUUUUUUCUUUUUGGGGGUACAUUUUCGUCUUUCUCUAUUGUACCGUUCGAUCAUGCAUGCAUAUACACACAUAUAUGUUGAUAUCGGUUAGUGCUCUAGAACUAGAAGCCUUGGUCGUUUCACUUGUGGCAGGCAGGAAGAUGGAAGAAAACCCAGACUUGAGACGAGAUGA